ACUCUCCAAUUUCUUUCCCUCACAUUCCCUUGAGGGACUUCUUCACAAAAGAAAAUUUGUCAUAGGGAAUGCCCGUUUCAUCUAUCCAAUAAAUCAUAAUAAUAUACGAUGAACAUCAAUUUUUGGGAAAAGAAAAAAAUGAUUAGAAGCUUGUUACUGUUUUCCUUAUUGCUUCAUUCAACAGUGGCCCAAAAACCUGCAGGUCCACUUCAACCUGUAGCUCAUGUCAAGAAAUGGUCAACAUUAAGUGGUAAUGAACCGAUUGUAAUAGCGCGCGGUGGUUUUUCGGGACUCUUCCCAGAAGGUACUCAGGAUGCAAUUGGACUAUCACAAGACAUAAGCAUUUUCUUGUGCAAUCUUCAAUUAACAAAAGAUGGUGGUGCCUUUUGUGUGACUGGUGCUACCCUUGACAAUGCAACUACUAUAGCAAUGUUUGAUCCUAAGCAGAAAACUUACAAUAUCAAUGGGAGGAAUGUCCAAGGACACUUUUCUACGGAUUACACUGGUGCUCAGAUUGACCAAAAUGUAUCAAUGAAUCAAGCCAUAUUUUCUAGACCGAGUUUUUACGAUGGAGUUUCCCCGCUUCUUAACGUUGAUGCUCUCCUAAGCAGCAAACAACCGCCGAGAUUUUGGUUGAAUGUUCAGAAUGCAGCAUUCUACGCUCAAUAUGGAAUAAGAGCAGUAGAUAAUGUUCUAGAGAUGUUGAAAGUUUAUCAAAUAGAUUUUGUUUCAUCUUCUGAUAUUGGUUUCUUAAAGAGCAUCAAUGGGAAAACAAACAAGACAACUAAGGUCAUCUUUCAACUUCUUAAUGCUAUGGAUAUUGAAGCAACAACAAAACAGCCAUAUGGCACAAUAGUAAAGGAUCUCGCCGCGAUCAAAUUAUUCGCAUCGGGCAUAAUGGUUCCAAAAGAAUUCAUAUGGCCAGUUAAACCUGACAAAUAUCUAGGCCUUCCCACAACACUUGUAGCUGAUGCACAUAAAUUAGGACUGGAAGUAUAUGCUUCUGGUUUUGCUAAUGAUUUGUUUACAAGUUAUAGUUAUAACUAUGAUCCUACUGCUGAGUACCUUCAAUUUAUCGACAAUGGAGAAAGUGUCGAUGGUGUUGUCACUGAUUUCCCAGCUACAGCAUCAAAUGCCAUUGGGUGCUUUGCACACAACAACACUUUGCCUAAAAAAGGAACAACUUUAAUCAUAACCAACAAUGGAGCGAGCGGUGUAUACCCGGGAAGCACUGAUCUUGCAUACCAGCAAGCUAUAAAUGAUGGAACUGACAUCAUAGAUUGCUCAGUUCAAAUGACAAAAGAUGGAAUUGCCUUCUGCGCGAAUUUUGCAGACCUGAUAGCAGAAACCACUGCUAUGACUAAAUUCAUGGCCCGAUCUUCAAAUGUCCCGGAAAUUCAACCAAAAAGUGGAAUCUUCUCCUUUGACCUUACAUGGAGCGAGAUUCAAACGUUGAAACCUCAAAUGAUUAAUCCACAAGGCAAUGACUUUCAACGAAACCCAGCAAAUAAGAACAAUGGGACAUUUGUUACCCUUCCUGAAUUUUUGGAAUUGGCCAAGACAAAGUCUGUCGGUGGCAUUUUGAUCAACAUACCGAAUGCUGCUUACCUUGCAUCCAAGAAGGGUCUUGACAUUGUAGGUGCUGUCACCACAGCUUUGAGCAAUGCUACCUUUGACAAGCAAGCCACACAACAAGUCUUCAUCCAAUCAGAUGACACUUCAGUCCUAUCCAAGUUUAAGGAUAUCCCAUCUUACAAAAGGGUGUUGUACAUUAAAGAUAAAUUAGAUGAUAUACCUAUUCAAACAGUGGAAGAAAUUAAGAAGUAUGCAGAAGUAGUGAAUCUUAACAAAAAUGCUGUUAUCAAAACAUCUGAAUCCUUGUUGGUAGGAUUAACAAAGGCUGUUAAAGAAUUGAAAGAUGCAAACCUAACAGUAUUCGUCCACACUCUCAGAAACGAAUACAUGUCGCUUGCAUUCGAUUAUUGGUCAGACCCUAAUGUUGAGAUUGCUACUUACAUUCAAACUGCUAAUAUCGAUGGCAUUGUGACUGAUUUUCCAGCCACUGCAAGCAGAUUUAUGAGAAGCCCAUGUAGCGAUCCGAACCACAUUCCGGCCAUCUUACCAGCUAAUGCUGGUGACCUAUUAAGUACUGUUCCAGCUGAAUUGAAACCAGCAGCACAAGCUCCACUUCCACCUCUUCAGGUUUCAAAUGUUGUUGACCCUCCUCUUCCUCCAGUCACCAACUUGACUAAAGCUGAGCCUCCAACUGCACCUAGUCCUCCUCCAUCCUCUUCAGGUGUUAAGGCAUUUGGUGUCAACUCUGUUAGCUCCCUAAUGACAGUUUUGGUGGUGACAAUGCUUUAUGCUGGUCAUUGAUGAUUUCAUAUAACUUGGCAUUACCCUUUUGGGUCUUCAAUUUUCAUUCCAAUAUACUUUGGCAGUAGACUAUAUCUUGUUGGGAUGAAACAAAUGAAUGUGUGUUUGGAUUAAGAGAAAUACUCGUUAAAACCAAUCUAUAUCACCAAAUUCAGAAUUAAUUGUAAAGGUUGUGCAAGUUUCUCCAUUCUAUGCAGUUCACUAUAAGAAAUGCAAAAAAUGCAAAUUUUUACAAGAUGAAUAAGAAAUUUAGAAUCA